GAAGGACGUUGUAUAUUUGUUCGGUUCAAAUCGAAAGUAGGUUGCAAAGCACAAGACGAUGAGCAUAAACGUAUAAUGAUAAUUAUUGUCAUUUUCUGAGUAUGUUGUGUGGUUAAUUCUAGGCAUUUCGUUUGGCUCUCCGAGUCAGGUUUAUGCCAUGCCCAAAAAAUUUGUGGGUGAGAACAGUAAAUCAGCAGCUGCUCGUGCCCGUAAAUCAGCUGCUAAAGAAAUUGAAAGUACUCGGCGGCAGCAGCAACUUGAAGAUGAAUAUUGGAGAGAUGAUGACAAGCAUGCAGCCAGAAAACAGCAGAGGAAAGAAGAGCAAGCUAAGAAGAAACAAGAGGUACUUGAGAAAAAGGCUGAGUCAAAAGCAUUGCUUGAGCAAGAACUGAAAUCCAUACAGACGUCUGGAAAACAGCCACUUGCUAAAAUUACACAGGCUCAGAUACAGGCAGAGACAGAAAAACGAAAACUGGCUACUACAAAGGUGAAGGAGCCUGUGACUCACAUUGAGAAACCACUGGAGGAGAAUGUUAACAGGCUUCAAGUAGUAGGGGAAGAGGCACGAUCUAUAGAAGAAGCAAUAGCAGUGCUAAGCUUUAAGGAGGCAGAAAUUGAUCGGCAUCCAGAGAAAAGGUUGAAGGCCGCAUUUACAGCAUUUGAAGAAGCAAAUUUGCCUCGAAUCAAGUCAGAAAACCCAACCUUAAGAAUAUCUCAACUGAAGCAGAUUCUGCGUAAAGAGUGGAUGCGAUCUCCAGAAAACCCAUUAAACCAACAAAUGGCUUCUUAAACCUAGCAGUUCUUGAAAAUAAAUACACUGUGACAGUUUCUUAGUAUAAAAAUUGCAGGAGUGUAAAAGAACAGUUUAAUUUAAAGGAUUGAAGAGAAUAUAUAGUCAGUUUCUGUGACUCAGAAGUUUCUGAUUAGCCAGUGUUUGAAAAGAGCACAAGUAAUUAUUCUCCUCAGUGUGCUGCAGUGCUUGUGACGUAUACCUCCACUGCAAAUGCGAACUGUAUGUUUGUUUCUUUGGUACCCCAUGCCAAUUUCAAGAAUUUAAGUUAAAGAUAAUUAUGAUACUUUUUAUAUAACACUGCAGUGA